CGAAGUAGAGUACAGCAGAGACGACGAGCCACGCGUCACUAGUACAAGCACUGAUGACAGUGAACCAGCAAGAGCUUUUGGGAGAAAAGGAACGGGAAACAAGAAACGUAUUGUUUAAGAAUCGAACAUGUCACCUGACGAUGGAUUUACGACCUCUCCAUGAGCCAUUCGAGCAUGUUGCAUCGCACGCAGAGUGUCAUGGUGUGGUUGUUAGGAUCAGUUGGUUGUCCUGUACUGCAUGCUCGUCCAAGUUGCCAGGACCAUGUACGAGUACACGAUACAAUGGCAUAUUACGACUACACCUUCCCCAUUUUUGCCGACGGGCCUAAACUCCGAUUCAGCACUCGAAGUUCUUCGCCUGGGUCCCAUGUCCAUCUAGCUCCGGCAUCCAUGCUUUGGUUUGCUAGCACAAGCGCCGAGUGGAACCAGGAUUUCUCAGAAGUUUGCCGAAUGGAACCGACAUAUCAGGCUAUUGCUAGGCCAUUCAGAUUACCUAACACGCAGUGAAAAGCGCAAGCCGCGGUCCCCUUGUAUGGAACAAGACUUUGUGCGUUUACCAACAAUGAACCUACUAGCGCCGGCGAAAGCGGGAAUAUACAUACAGGCGUGUAGUGGCGGUACUAGCGAUACUGGUACAGAACACUUGUUGCCCUAGUAUUCUCAACGAAGGA